AUGACACCCCUUCAAUCUUUUCAGAUAAUUCCACCUACAACGACGGGUGCAGCUACAACAACAACCGAAGCGCCUACUGUCGUUACUACUACUAUUAGUGCUACUACUACACCAUCUACCACGUGCGUUGAUAAGGUAAACCCAAGGAGUGGUGUAUCAGACUGUCCACAACGUCAAUAUCUGUGUAAUGAUCCCAUAUAUUAUGCUCUAAUGACGGAUCAAUGUCCACGAACUUGUAAUAGAUGUGACGGUGGUACUCCUCAACCAACAUGCCGUGACUUGGUCCACCCUCGAACGGGAGUGUCUGAUUGUCCACAGAGAGCCUAUCUGUGUAGAGACCCAAUUUAUGAGACACUCAUGCGGCAACAAUGCCCAAGAACGUGUGGAUACUGUUAA